AGCGCUGCUGCGCUGCGGUGAUGUCAGCCCGCCGGGUCGUUUGAAGGUCAGCAGCCUUGGAAGGUUCACGCAAAGUUCACCCGCAUACAUUAGACAAUUCAAUCUUUCAUUCUGCGCGGAAAACUAGUUUGAAAUGAGCUGCGCAGGGGGACGGAGGGGCCACCAAUCCCCGCGGAGGACCAGCGCAGUUCCCCACCAGCGUCCCUGAUCCAAACAGAGCCCCGGCUCUGGCCCCGUCAGAACCGGCGGCCCGUCAGAGAGCUGUCAUGGAAGAAUCCCGUUCCAGCACCCGCGCGCACACCGGAGCCGGCGGGACAGGAGGAGCGCAUAGAUAGACGAAGCAGGGCAACGUUUCCAUGAGUCCAGUGCGGGAGAACCCGCAAGAAGAGGAGCGCAACCUGCGGUGGUCAGACGAGAAAGAGAGGGAGGAUAGGAGUUUGAUGGAGUUGCGUGCACCGUUUCUCCAGAGCGACUAAGAGAAAGGAGUUGCGGCGCGGAGCAUGAUGUUUGACUGCAUGGACGUGCUGGCCGUGAGUCCCGGACAGAUGCUGGAGCUGUACGCCGGCAGCCCCAGCUGCAUGCUGCAGGAGAAAGCCCUGAAAGCCUGCUUCAGAGAGUGGCAGCACCGCCGGAGCGCGCACUCCAUCGAAACCCACAGCACCAGUUCUGAGGAGUUGGUCCCCAGCCCACCGUCCCCACCGCCGCCUCCCCGAGUCUACAAGCCCUGCUUCGUCUGCCAGGACAAGUCCUCUGGAUACCACUAUGGUGUCAGUGCAUGUGAGGGCUGCAAGGGCUUCUUCCGCCGAAGCAUCCAGAAGAACAUGGUGUACACGUGUCACCGGGACAAGAACUGCAUCAUCAACAAGGUGACAAGGAACCGCUGUCAGUACUGCCGCCUGCAGAAGUGCUUUGCAGUGGGAAUGUCCAAAGAGUCUGUUCGAAAUGACCGCAAUAAGAAGAAGAAGGAGAGUCCGAAGCUGGAGCUUGCUGAGAGCUACGAGCUGUCGGCCGAGCAAGAGACCAUCAUCGAAAAGAUCCGUAAGGCCCAUCAAGAAACUUUCCCAUCCCUCUGCCAGCUGGGCAAAUACACCACGAACUCAAGCGCAGAUCACCGGGUCAGACUGGACCUGGGCCUGUGGGACAAGUUCAGCGAGCUGGCCACCAAGUGCAUUAUCAAGAUCGUGGAGUUUGCCAAACGUGUGCCUGGCUUCACGGCGCUGACCAUCGCUGAUCAGAUCACGCUUCUGAAGGCCGCCUGCCUCGACAUUCUGAUCCUCCGCAUCUGUACGAGGUACACCCCCGACCAGGACACCAUGACCUUUUCCGACGGACUCACCCUUAACCGCACACAGAUGCACAACGCCGGCUUCGGCCCACUGACCGACCUGGUUUUCACUUUCGCCAACCAGCUGCUACCCAUGGAGAUGGACGACACAGAGACAGGCCUCCUCAGCGCCAUCUGUCUCAUCUCGGGAGACCGUCAAGACCUGGAGGAACCCUCCAAGGUGGACCAGCUUCAGGAGCCGUUGCUAGAAGCGCUGAAGAUCUACGUCAGGAAGCGGCGACCAAGCAAACCACACAUGUUCCCCAAAACUCUGAUGAAGAUCACUGACCUACGCAGCAUCAGUGCAAAAGGAGCAGAACGUGUCAUCUCUCUGAAGAUGGAGAUUCCAGGCUCUAUGCCCCCCCUCAUCCAGGAGAUGCUGGAGAACUCGGAUGGUCAGGAUGGCCAGAGCAGCAGCAACACUUCCACCAAGGCCGGGGCAACCCCCAGCAGUAAAGACAGCCCCCCUAAGGCCCCUGCUGCACCAGAGUCACCAGAGUCCUUGGGUAAUGAGGGGGGUGCAGCAACAUCAUCCACCGACGAACCCCUAAGGGGGAACUAACAACAAAAAAAAAACACUGUACCCUCCCAACUCCUCGAAGGCGGACUAGAAAUUAUGGGAUUUUCUUUUAUAAUCUGUGGAUUGUUCGGGAGGAUAAGCCCUGAGUGGAUCUUUCUGGACUGAAUUUACAGGACAAGGGGGUGAGGCCCUUAAAAAACACAUCAGAGAUUAAGCUCAUCCGGUUUCUAUGUAAAUUGUAACCUGCAUGAGGUCAUCCACUGUACAUACCAUAAGGAGCUUCUUCUGCUCCUUUGAUGCAUUCAUAGUGCUGUUUUACAGUCCUCAAGGUCAGGCAGGCAUCAAGACUAAAAACAGGCUGCAAACAGGCUGAUCAGUCUGAAGACAGGUUAACUUCCUGGCCGACAAGCUGAAAACUGGUUCAUAACAGUCCAAAUAACAGGCUGAUGGCAGCCUGACAGUCUAAACCAGGCUGGUGUUAGUAUAAAGACAGGCUGAAAACAUGUUUACAGCAAUCUAGCAGCCUGGAAAACAUGUUUAAAACAGUCAGAAAACAGGCUGACAGCCUGAAAAUUGGCUAAAAGUGUGGUUAAUUUUAGACAGACGGGCAGGAAACAAAACUGUUUGCAGACUUAAAGCUGGUUGAUCAUAGUUUAAUUCCCCAUAAAGUCUGAAAAAAGACUGAUUACAAGCUUAUGACUAGCUCACAGUGUCAAUGAGGCUGGUAACAGACAGAAGCAGAAGGUGAAGAACAGUUCAAAAAACAGGCUGUUAAGUGUCUGAUGGUCUAAAAAAGGGCUGAAAACAGUCCCGCAGGUGCUCUUUUGAAUGUUGUUACUCACAGACACCAUGAAGGUAACAUUUUUUAUUUUCUUAUUUUUAAAGCUCCUUUGUGUCUUUGAACAUAGACUCGUUUACAUUCCUUCAUGCCUCCAGUCGGUUUCUUCAAAAGGGGGUGGGGGGCAGGAAUGGUCUUUGUUGCACUCAUCCAACUGCACCCUCCCAAUAGACACUAGUAAAACUACUGACAGUUGAUUUUUUUUGGGGGGGGAGAUGAAAGGAGACAUUCUACAUUCAAAAAAUAAUUUAAAAACAUUUGAAGAUUUUUUUUUUUUAUAUCAAAAAAUAUUUAAAAUAUAUAUAAUUAAAUUUUUGCUUUGGAUCAGAAAAUUGGAAAAUUUCACAAACUAAGGAGUAAGACCUUCAUCCCUACGUCCACCAGGGUCUUUACAAUCUUCAGUCUGACUCUGUUUCAGCCUUAUGACCUCCCCCAUCACCAACCAACCACACCAACGCAGAUUCCAGUAGGGGGGGUAGCGUUAGGAGGACACAGCAGCCUGGCAUGACCCCCACCCUGAGGUCAGGCAGGGUUUCGAUGCUUCUCAUUGCACAUCUUUUCAUGAUUCCCUGCUUUCCCUCCAUCCCCUGUCAAGGGGGCGGGGACUCAGAGGUGCACAGGAGCAAUCAGCUGGCUGCAGCACUUAUGUACGCAUGCUGUGCUGCAAUAAACUCGAAUGUGUGUCGAUUUAAAGAACCGCCUCCUGUGAGCUGAGUCAGGAACCGACUGAAGGAACAAAGCCUCCGGAAGAAGUUCCUGCAGAGAACAGGGGUCCAGCAUCAGCGUGUGGCGUCUGCUGCAGCUAAAACAAGAAACCCCAUACUGCCAUCUAGAGUUUGGGGGAGAAACUGACACAGGGAGCAUGUGGAGCAGAAUUAUCAACAGAACACGUGCUUCGCUCCAGAUUAUGGCUCCUAGAGCUCAUCUCCAUGUGCAUUCACUUAUAGAACGCAGGUCACUGGGAGCAUGACCCAUUUAGAAUGAUUGGAAAAGUGUCUGUUUCCGGCGGAGCGAGCCACCGUUAUGCUAAUAUUUGCAAACUUUAACCCUUGUGCUAUCUUAGAUGACGACCACCCUUACAUUGACAUGUUCUCCCUACCAUGACAAAGGUGGAUAAAGGUGGAAAGAUUUCAUGUAAUCCAUGGACACCAGUGAAGAUCACAAAUCAUUGAAGAAUAAAGGUUCAGAGCACUGUCUAGUGGGUCUAGAUGACCCAACUACCAACGUUAAAGUGCAGUCUUCAGAACUUGCAUCUGCUUUGUCAGAGAUAUCGAAAGUCGUUGCUUCUCUGUUGUUCCUGAAUUCUGUGCUAAAUCUAUUUUAGAUUUCCCUUUUGCAACAUUUCUGAAAAAUAGUGUUACGGUUGUUAGUGAACUGUAUUUACCGAACUUCUGAUCAUGAGAUGCGACUUUAAAUGGUGCCUGAUCUCAGUUUCUGGACAUUUUUUCAUCAGAGGCAGAUGCUGCUAACAAACACCACCUCAAGCUAGUGCCCUUUUGUUUAAUUUAACCAGUGGGGGGGGCCCCACGUUGGAUGAUACAAAAGAAAACUGUUGUUACAAAUUCUAGAAGGGAGAACGCGUUGAAACCACGUGACCAUGAAUGUAAGAGUUGCUCUGAGCCUGCAGGAACAGCAGGGGGCAGCGCCACCACGGUCAGGUGUUCCCAGAGAACAUUAGUGUCUUUAGACUCCGCCUCCACCACCUCAGCAGUCAAAUGCAGUGUUGUACAGUUGUGUAAAUGAGACAUCUGGAGGAGGGCUGCUGAGCAUUUAUCACAUCAGCUCCUCCAUGGACUCCGUUUGUGUUUCAAAAAUGUCUGUUUGUAUCCUAACAUUUGCUUUUUAUGGUCAUGUACUCUUUAACAUGAGCUGUCCUCUUAAAGUAAUAAAGUAUAUUUAUUUUAA